CUGGAGGUUGAGAUCUGUCUAGCAACUCUCAGCCUAAGACAGUUCCCUCCGGGGGGGGGGGCGUUCCCAUGGCAGCGGACGCCGUGGAGUUUGCAUAGGGAGCGGUCGGGUGCCAGGGGACCGCCGCCCGCGUGAAGGGGACAGGGAUGGUCCUGGAGCUGGCGGCCAUGGAGCUGAAGGUGUGGGUGGAUGGCGUCCAGCGGGUGGUCUGUGGGGUCUCAGAGCAGACCACCUGCCAAGAAGUGGUCAUUGCACUAGCCCAAGCAAUAGGCCAGACAGGCCGCUUCGUGCUUGUGCAGCGUCUUAGGGAAAAGGAACGGCAGCUGCUACCACAGGACUGUCCAGUGAGCGCCCAAGCUACCUGCGGACAAUUUGCCAGUGAUGUCCAGUUUGUCCUCAGGAGGACAGGGCCCAGCCUGUCUGGGAGGCCUUCCUCAGACAGUUGUCCACCCCCUGAACGAUGCCCAGUGCGUGCCAGUCUUCCUCCAAAGCCACGGGCAACUCCAGGCCGUGAGCCGCGCAAGGCACUGACCUUCAGCCUGGGAUGUCCCAGGAUGCCCCCCAGCCCCUCGAAUCCUGAGCCUGAAGCCCUGGUAGCACCCACACCAGGCUGCUUUGCAGACCUGCAGAGCCUGGAGCUCAGGAUACAAAGGAACGCUGAGGAGUUGGGCCAUGAGGCCUUCUGGGAACAGGAGCUUCGGCGGGAACAAGCCCGGGAGCAUGAGGCACAGGCACGCCUGCAGGCAUUGAGUGCAGCCACAGCUGAGCAUGCUGCGCAGCUGGAGGCCCUGGAUGCCCAGGCCUCUGCCCUGGAGGCUGAGCUGCGGAUGGCAGCGGAGACCCCUGGGCUUCCCUCUGCUACAGCAUCAGCAACAGAGCGCCUGCGUCAGGACCUGGCCAUCCAGGAGCGGCAUCGUAUUGAGAUGCAGGGCAGCCUGGCCCUGGUGAGCCGGGCUCUGGAAGCUGCUGAGCACGCCCUGCAGGCCCAGGCUCAGGAGCUCGAGGAACUGAACCGGGAGCUCCGGCAGUGCAACUUGCAGCAAUUCAUCCAACAGACAGGGGCUGCAUUGCCUCCACCCCCACGGCUGGACAGAGUUCCCAGUGGCACACAGGACCUUUUGCCUCCAACCAGAGAAGAGCCCCUCAAGGGAGCACCCCAAAACCAUGUCCUAGUACCAAGCCUGAGCCCUGAGGUUGUGCCUGUGAGACAGAGCUCCUGGAGGUAGCAGCUCCUGCCCAACUGGGGCUGAGGAUAGAUGAACCAGGACAACUAGGAUGAGCCAUCUGGACAAAGGGAGAGUCUGGCCACAGAGGGUUCCUUUCCCAUGUAGAGGCAAGCUGUGGUGCCUCAAGGUUUCUCUUGGGGGAGGGGGAGCAGGAGUGCUGAGGGCAUGUUGCCCUAGUCUUUUGUCAAGCUGCUCAAAGGCCACUACUUCUUGUCAAGAAGGAAAGACGUGUGGACAGUGCAUUCAGCCUAUGGGUGUGAGCCUGGCUGUGGGCAAUGUCCUGCACUAUAUGUUACCUUCCCUGCCCUGACCCCUAAACCUCAAUAAAAGACCUUUCGAAGGUGA